ACAUGAAAUUUGGCAAUGAAUGCAGUAUAUUUGAAAGAUAGUGUAAUAGACAAAGGCGAAAAAGACAAGGAGAAGAAGAAUGUGAUGCGUGAGCUGCGAAUCCGCAAGCUCUGCCUCAACAUCUGCGUUGGAGAGAGUGGUGAUAGACUCACCCGUGCUGCAAAGGUUUUGGAAGCCCUGACUGGACAGUCCCCAGUCUUCUCCAAAGCUCGUUACACUGUGCGAUCAUUUGGUAUCCGUAGGAAUGAAAAGAUCGCUGUCCAUUGCACCGUUCGUGGUCCAAAGGCUGAAGAAAUCCUGGAGAAGGGAUUGAAGGUCAGGGAGUAUGAAUUGCGCAAGGGCAACUUCUCUGACACCGGCAACUUUGGCUUUGGUAUCCAGGAACAUAUCGAUCUUGGAAUCAAGUAUGACCCCAGCAUUGGAAUCUAUGGCAUGGACUUCUACGUUGUCCUAGGGCGACCUGGGUUCAGCGUGGGCCACAAGAGGCGCAGGAAAGGACGUGUUGGCUGCACUCACCGUGUCAACAAGGAGGAAGCCAUGAAAUGGUUCCAGCAGAAAUACGAUGGAAUCCUCCUCCCUGGUAAAUAAGCACCCACUUCCAGCCUAUCAUCAACACACAUACGACACUCCUCUCAAACAUUGAUCGUAACACCUGACUAGGAGCCAUCAGACCAGGAGCUCUCAAUUUGUCUCUCAACACAAUCUUGUCUCUCAACACUAUGCCGCCAUGCCAUAUAUGUACUCUAUGUUCAAUAAAGACUCAUGAACAAACCAA